AUGAGCGCAUUUCAACAACAAGAACAACAACGAGGCACCUCUUCUUCUUCUUCUUCUUCUUCGAGUAAUCAACAACAAAAACAAAAACAACAACAACCAAAAACUUCGACGACGGAAGAAUUACUGAACCACAUGCAACUCGCGUUAAUCGGUGGUGAUGAUGGUGGUAAUGGCGGUGGUAAUGGUGCAAUGUCCGCGACGCUUUCCAAGCAAGCGGAAAGCGUCGAUUUCAACGAUUUCUUCUCAUUGAGACGACCGAAAGAUGCCGCGAGCGGCUUAAACUCUGGUUUGAAAUCCGUGGGGAAAGGCGCGUUAGCUGGAGCAGCGGCGUUGAUUGCGGCACCGAUUGCCGGCGCUAAAGCGGAAGGUGCGAGUGGGUUUUUCAAAGGUUUAGGCGCCGGAUUGGCGGCGGCGGUGGUUUUACCCGUCGUCGGCGCCGGCGUCGGAGUGACGCAAAUUUGUCGCGGCGUGGCGAAUACGCCCGAGGCGAUUAUGGCGGCGAAUGACGGAAAGAGGUGGAAUCGACACACCAGAGAGUGGGUGGAUGAAGAUUUAGUGCGAGAUGGGAUUUGGUUGGCGCAAUCGACGGACGAGGAUAUAUAUGAGCAGGCGAGGAAGAGGGCGAUGAGUGAAGGUAGAAGCGGCAUCGGGCUCAACGGAGUACUCAACGAGAGCAUGGGAGGAGCUAAUAGCGAUAAUAAUAGUAAUGAUAAUAAUAGAAACGGAGGAGGGAAGCAAGUUAAAGAGACGCAAUAUUACGAGAUUUUGAAAGUUGAAACGACUGCUUCGUCGGCGGAGAUUAAGAAAUCGUAUUACGAACUCGCGAGGAAGUUACAUCCGGAUAAAAAUCCCGACGACCCGGACGCGCACAACAAGUUUCAAAAAGUCGGCGAGGCGUACCAAGUGUUGUCCGAUCCAGAGUUGAGGAAAAAAUACGAUUCAAGAGGGAAAGAUGGAUUAGGUGAUAUACCCGUGAUAGACGCGUCGGCGUUUUUUGCCGCAUUGUUCGGGUCGGACCAGAUGGAAAUGUUCGUCGGGAAACUGCAAAUGGCAGUCAUGGCCGAAGGCGGAAGCGAUUUGACGAGAGAUGAAACGCGGAUUUUACAAGACCGAAGAAUUGUUCGAUUAGCGAUUAAUUUGGCUGCUAUUUUGGAUGGGUACGCUACGUCGGCUCGCGCUAUGGUCACACCGACUGCGACUUUAACGGCUGAUAAGACGAAUGAAAAAGAAGAGGAGGAAAAGCUGCGCGAAAAAGCGGCUCUGGAAAAGUUUGAAGCGCAAAUGAAACCAAUCGCGCAGAGUUUAGCCAACGCUUCUCACGGACCAAAAAUGUUGAAACAGAUUGGAUUCGUGUACGAGAAGCAAGCGGAGCAAGUGUUGACGGAUCCCGUGGCUGGUUUUGGGACGUGGGCGGAUUUAGGGGUUCGUUCAAACUUUGCCGCCAUGGAGCAAAAUACAAACAGAACGAAAACACAGUUCAGCGCGAUGAAAGCCGCGUUUGGGGCGUUUGGAACGGUGAAGAAAAUCGCCGAGGAAGAGGAGGGAUACAUGAAGGAAGAAGAAGGAAAAGAAAAAGAGGGUGAAAUUGAAAAGAGCGCUGGCGAAAGAGACGGGAAAAUCGCCGAGAAUAUCGCUAAAGAGCAAGAAGGGAAGGAAACGAAGAAGAAACCGCCGUUGACAGAGGCUGAAAUAAUGCAGCGACGCGCGCAGCAUCAAAAAGACGUCAUGCCGCACAUUUUAGAAGCACUUUGGAACGUUUCUGCGCUCGACAUUGAAUCGACACUUAGAUCGGUGUGUGAUAAAGUUUGUCACGAUAAGAGCGUGAAGAAAGAAGUGAGAAAAAAGCGUUGCGAGGCGUUGUCCGUGUUAGGCAAAGUCUUCCAAACCACCGAGGCGGACGAGGCGCAUAAAAAUGAAGAUAUUAAUCAACAGUUGGAAAAUGCAAUGCGCGCGGCAUUCACGCCAAAAGAGAAUGCAGAUGAGGACGAUAGUGACUGA